AAGAGCACAGGGAAAACGAGUCAAAAACCCAAACCAUUUAAGAGCUAUGCCGAGGCGAGGAAGGAUAGGGAGAAGUUCAGGAAGAAAUUGGUGGAGCUUAUCAUGCACAGAUCAGGAGACGAGGAUGAGGAUGAAGAGCCAGCAAACUGCGCGGCUCCGCUAACCUGUAAAGAAAAAGAUCUACUCCGAUAUUAUUAUUAUAUACACAAUGGGAUCGCUACUAAAUAUGUUGCAGGAAUGAGUCAGGAGUGGUUUCAUAGAAUCAUGAACCUUGUUCCUAAAAAGAUGCAAAAGAAUCAGCGGGAAAUAAAGAAAAUAAACGAAGAGAUCAAAGAAGAUUAUGCGUUUGCUGUGAAGAAAUCAGUUGUGGACUUUGUUCUCAAGGAACCAGAAAUAGAUGAAGACGAACGUUUUCUUGAUGAAGAUGAUGAGACUCCGAUGACUAUUGAGUUGGCAGGCGUAUCUGAAGCCUGGAAGAAACUGUAUCGACAGUCCAAGAGAUAUCUUUCUCACAACCUUCAUCUAAUCAAUCUCUGCAUGCUCCAGGCACAAGCUCUCUGGGAAUCAAAUUUCGUCAAUCUCCGACUAAUUGAUAUUUCAAAAUUAAAAUCAAAACCAAAAAUGGAAAUGUUACCAUUCCAAGAUAUUAUUUAUCAAGAAAUAGAAAGAAGCAAGAAAGUAUUAAAAGAGGAAUGGUGCCCUGCAAUUAUUGAAGUCUACAAACAAUGUCAGAAGAAUAAAAGAAAAAAGAUUCUUCCUCCUGACUCGCGUAUCCCUGCCUUCUUGAACUGUCUGGGGAACCUGAUGACAGCUCAUCUGCAGGAGCUGGCUCUCGCCAGUAUCCGAGAUUUCAGGGAGUAUGUCGAUAUUCUUCACCGAGAAUCACAAGGUUCACACAAACCUGGAUUUAUUCUGCAUCUCAAGGUUAAUGGGAACCGGAUCAGUUUCACCCCAACCUUUUCAGAUAUUGAGGCCAGUAUUACAGAAGUAUACACAAUGAUGAAAAAUGCGGUUUAUGAUAUUCCACGGUUGGAUUCAGCUCUGAUAGAUGAUGAAGGAACAGGCAAGAAGAAGAACAUGAAACCUAUUCUUCUACCAGAGAUAAUAGACACUGCUAGGGAGGAAGUGAACAAGAUGGUCACGGAGCAGAACCUUUUGCCUGAGGAGUACGUAAAGAAGUUUGAAGAGUAUAUGCACCUUAUCAAUGGAAUCUCUGAGAAAGAAACGGAUGCUUAUGUUUCGGAAGAACAUACUUUUGAUGAGUUCAAAGAAAAGGUAAUUUACUUUGACACUCUUGGUAAAACCAUCAACAAUGAUAUAAGUAAGGUAGUAGAGUUGGGCAUGUAUGAGUUACAUUGUGAUGAUCUGAUAUUAAACCUAUAUAGAAAAACCGAUGGGUUAAGGGAACGAGUGUUGCAAAAGAUGUCUCUGGAUCAUCAAGCAAUAAAUAACAAGCUUUGUGACAGGUAUAAGGAUAUAUCUUCUGUGGCACUUACUAGUCCUAACAGUACUUCAGAGCUUGUGGAACUCAGGGAUAAAGUUGUAGAGAUUGAAACAGUUGUCAUGAAGGAGAUGGAGAAUGAACUGAAUAAAGCUGCGCGAAGAAUAGUUUUUCUUUCUGAUUUUUGCCAGUUUACUACGACGGAAAUGAAACUUAAUACUAAAACCUUCCAAUGGCACGCUAAAAUGCCGUCUAUUUUUGACGAACACAAGACGAUUAUGGACGGAAAGACGAGUGAGUAUCAAAAAGCUUUAAAGUUGAAGAGGGAGAGAUUUCAGGAGGAGCUUGAGAGCUACAGCAACCAGGUGGAAGAAUUCUUCACAUAUGGCAAUGUUGAUGACUUGCCAAAAUAUUUGAAAAAGGCAGAAAGUUUAAAAACCAAGCUUGAGGUUGCAGAGGAAAAGAUAAAACAUUUCAAUAUGGAAGAGAAAGCAUUUGAGUGGGAACUCACAAGUUAUCCAACCUUGAAAGAUACACAGGAUAAACUUGCUCCGUUUGUUCGACUGUAUGAAAUAUCAAUGGAUUUUAUGGAUAAACAAAAGAUUUGGUUUGAGAGUCCCAUGGGAACCCAUCAUCCUGCUGAUAUAGAGAAACAAGUUGAGGAUUCUCUCAAAACUGUCACAAAAUUAGAAAAAGAUUUUAGCGAGAUUCCUGCCGCGAAAACCUUGGUGGUUGAUGUUAGGAGCAAGAUUGAAGAUUUUAAAGACAAAAUGCCGAUCAUUAAAACUCUGGGAAAUCCAUCCUUGCGAGAAAGGCAUUGGGAGUUGGUUUCAAAUACAGUUGGGUUUCCUGUCAAAGGAGGUUCGGAGACAAAUCUUUAUAAAAUCCUUGACAUGGGUCUGGAUGAGUAUGUUAAAAAGUUCGAGAAAAUCAGUGAAACUGCUACUAAGGAACACAACCUGGAGAAGUCCAUGCAACAUAUGGUUGAAGAAUGGUCGGAUAAAGAAUUCAAUAUAACCUCCUAUGGAGAGACAGGAACCUAUACUCUCUCAGCUACGGACGAUAUCCAAUCCUUGCUUGAUGAUCAUAUUGUUAAAACACAGACUAUGCGAGGUUCUCCUUACAUCAAACCUUUCGAGGAACAAAUUGCCAAGUGGGAAGAGCAACUACUCAUGCUUCAGGAGAUUAUGGAUGAAUGGUUGAAGGUCCAGGGAACCUGGUUGUAUUUCGAGCCUAUCUUUAGUUCCCCAGAUAUCAUGUCUCAAAUGCCUGAGGAGGGAAGACGGUUUACUACAGUUGACAAAAACUGGAGGGAUAUCAUGAAAGCAGCAAUAAUCGAUAAACAUGUUUUAGCAAUAUUGGAUAUAGAUAGAAUACUUGAGAAACUGAAGAAAUCAAGCGAACUUUUAGAUUUAAUAAACAAGGGAUUGUAUGAUUACCUGGAGAAAAAACGGUUAUUUUUCCCAAGGUUCUUUUUCGUCUCGAACGCUCAGUUACUUGAAAUCCUUUCUGAGACUAAAGAUCCCUCCAGGGUUGCAAGAUACUUGAAUAAGAUAUUUGAAGGAAUUGAUUCUCUUGAGUUCAAUGAAGACCUUGAGAUAUCUAAAUUUAAGUCUAUGGUCGGAGAAGUUAUUAACCUGUCCAAAAAUGUAUCUACAGCCAAGGCUAGAGGGCAAGUUGACCGCUGGCUAGCAGACUUGGAUAAACAGAUGAAGGAGAGUUUACAGAAAGAAUUUAAGUCUGCUUUCACUAACUAUAUAGAUAAGGAGCUAGAUGUUUGGAUAGAAGAUUUACCGAGUCAAAUAGUAACUUGUGGACUUCAAACUCUAUGGACUGCUCAAAUAGAAAAGGCUAUAUCAGAAGGGACAUCAGCACUGGAGGAUUUAAGAAUUAAGAUCAGACAAGAGAAAGAAAAUGCUAUUGCUUUAUCCAAGUCAAAGAGAAGCAAAGAGAAAGCUAAAGUUAUUGCAAACCUUGUCAUAUCUACAACCUACCUGGAGACCCAGGUUGGGAAAUUAAUCCAGGAUGGAAUAAAUAGUACUCUCGACUUCUUUUGGAAAUCUCAUUUCCGUUACUACUGGGAGGAAGAGAACCUAAUGGUCCGGAUAGUUCUGGCAGAGUUUAUGUAUGGAUAUGAAUACUUUGGAAGUUAUGACAGGUUGGUCAUGUCAGAGCUCACGGAGAAAUGUUACCAGGUUCUCUCCGUGGCUAUUCACAAGGUGAAAGGAGGAAGUGUUGAGGGUCCGACAGGAACUGGUAAGAGUGAAACAGUGAAGGAUAUAUCCAAGGCUUGUGGUAAGCAGUGCAUAGUAUUUAAUUGUUCUGAAGGUUUAGAUUACAGACCUCUUGGGAAGUUUAUUAAAGGAUUAGCGUGCUCAGGAGCUUGGAGUUGUUUUGAUGAGUUUCACAGGAUUAAACGCAGUGUUCUCUCUAUAGUCUCCCAUGAUAUCCUAACUCUGCAAAGAGGUAUUCAGUCAGGAAUGUCAAAUAUAUUUCUGGGAGACACAGAUAUUCUCCUGAACCCAACUUGUGCAAUUUUCAUAACCAUGAAAUCACAGAAUUCAUUGAAAGAAAAAAUUCCAGAUAAUUUUAAGGCACUAUUCCGGAAUAUUGCAAUGAUGAAACCAGAUACUAGAAAAAUAGCUGAAGUUUGCUUAUCAGCCCGUGGUUUCAACUACCCCUCAGUGUGCUCAAGAAAACUAACUUCAAUAUUCCAGCUUUGUCAUGACACACUGUCAAAGCAGCCACACUAUGAGUUUGGCCUGAGAUCCAUUAAAGCUGUGUUAGAACUGGCUGAAACAUUAAAACCUGAGAUCAUGGAUGAAUCUGAGGUUGAAGCUCAGGAGAUUAACUCAAUAUUUACUGCAAUUCAUCGGCUCAAGUUCUCUGAACUCCUGCCAGACGAUCAGAAGUUAUUCUUAAGAAUAUCUCAGGAUAUAUUCCCUAAUGUAGAUCUUAACACGACGAUAUUUGAUAAGAUAAAGAAAACAACGGAGAAGGUUUGCGAGAAAAUGUUCUUAGACUCACACUCCUAUUUCCAGGAGAAGGUUCAGCAGCUCUAUCAGAUGAUUAGGAAAUCAACACAAUUUAGUAGUUAA